AUGGGGCGGCUCGGCUCCGGGCUCAUGCUCCCUGUGAGCUGCCUGAUCCUGGUGUGGGCGGCAGGCGCUGGGGGUGUGCAGCUCCGGCAGCAGCCCACCUGCUUCUCCGACUACCUCAGCACCUCCACCUGCGAGUGGAGGAUGGGCGGCCCCACCGACUGCAGCGCCGAGCUCCGCCUGACCUACCAGCUGGUCUUCCUGAACGAGGAAAACCACACGUGUGUCCCUGCGAACAGAGAAAGCGCCGCGUGCCAGUGCGACAUGCCGAUGGACCACAUAGUCAGCGCGGACGUCUACCAGCUGGGCCUGUGGGCUGGGAAGCAGCGGCUGUGGAGUGGCUCCUUCACGCCCAGCGAGCAUGUGAAACCCAGGGCCCCCGGAAACCUCACGGUGAACGCCACCGACUCCCACAUGUGGCAGCUGACCUGGAGCAACCCGUACCCACCUGAGACUUUCCUGGUCUCUCAGCUCUCCUACCUGGUCAACAUUUCAAACGAAGACGACCCCACGGAGUUCCUAGUCUACAAUGUGACCUACAAGGAGCCUACCCUCCGCUUCCAGGCCAGCGCCCUGACGCCCGGGGCCCACUACAGCGCGCGGGUGCGGGCCUGGGCCCCGAACUACAACAGCCUGUGGAGUGAGUGGAGCCCCCCAGUCAAGUGGAUUCACGACUACGAGGGGCCCUGGGAGCAGCGCCUCCCACUGGCCGUGGGCAUCUCCUGCGUCGUCAUCAUGGCCGUCUGCCUGUCCUGCUACUUCAGCAUCCUCAAGAUCAAGAAAGAGUGGUGGGACCGGAUCCCCAGCCCGGCCCGCAGCCCCCUCGUGGCGGGGGUCAUCCGGGAAGCCCAGGUGCCGAUGUGGGGGAAGAGCCCUGGGGGCCAGGAGCCGGCCAAGUGCCCAUACUGGAAGACGUGUCUGACGAAGAUCCUGCCCUGCUUGCUGGAGCCCGGCGUGGAGAGGGGUGACAGUUCUUCCAAGGCAGCCGGGAGCGGGCCUGCCCAGGGCCCCGGACAGCCAGCCUGGCGCCCCGUGGAGGUCAGCAGCGUGGUGCUCUGGCCGGAGAGCAUCAGCGUGGUGACCUGCGUGGAGCUGCUGGAGGCCCCGGUGGAGAGUGAGGAGGAGGAGCAGGAGGAGGAAGACGGAGGGAGCUUCUGCCCCUCGCCGGAGAGCAGCGGGGCCGGCUUCCAGGAGGGCAGGGCGGGCAUCGCAGCCCGAAUGACGGAGCACCUGCUCCUGGACCUCCUCGGGGGCGCGGAGGGGGGCUCCUGCCCGCCAGGCUCGGGGGAGCCCUGCCUUCUCCCUCCCUCAGCAGGUGUGAGUGCUCAGGUGCCUGGGGCAGGUGAGGAGCCUCAGGAGGCCCCCCUUCGGGGCGGGGAGCAGCCCCCAGAGCGCCCGCCAGCCCCUCGGACACAGAGUCCCACCCGCCUGGCUGUGGCAGAGCUGCCUGCCAUAGUCAUUGCCGACAACCCUGCGUACCGCAGCUUCGGCAGCUUGCUGCGCCCGCCCUCGGACCCGCAGCUGGCCGAGGACCAGGGAGACAGGGACCCCAGCGUCCUCCCUGCCCCCCGGCCCUCCGGGCCGCCUGCCGCACUCCAGCCUGAGCCGGAGACCUGGGAGCAGGGCCUCCGGCAGAGCGUCCUCCAGCACCGGGCGGCCGCCCCCUCGGCCCCCGGCGGCUACCGGCAGUUCACGCCAGCGGUGUGGCAGGGCGGCGCCCAGGGCGGCGAGUCGGGCGGCCCCCCCAGAGACGCUGGGUACAAGGCCUUCUCCAGCCUGCUGGCCAGCGGGGCCCAGUGCCCAGGGACCCCUGGGGGUGAGGCCAGCAGCGGGGAGGGGGGCUACAGGCCCUUCCAGGACCUCACUGCUGGCAGCCCUGAGGUCCCUGCCCCUGUCCCCCUGUUCACCUUUGGGCUGGACAUGGGGCCACUGCCCGGUCCUCAGAACUCGCUCCCCCUCACUGUCUCCCCGGAGCGCCCAGGUCUGGAGCCAGGACCGCGGGGAAAGGACAGCCAGAAGCACCCGCUCACCCCUGAGCAGGCCGCAGCCCCCCUCGGGGACGACCUGGGCAGCGGCAUCGUCUACUCGGCCCUCACCUGCCACCUGUGUGGCCACCUGAAGCAGUGCCACGGCCGGGAGGAGCCAGGCCAGGCCCACGGCGAGGCCUCCCGCUGCUGUGGCUGCCGCUGUGGAGACAGCCCUGAGCGCCUGGGGAGCCCCCUGCCGGGCGGGGUUCUGCUGGAGGCCAGCCUCCCUCCGGCCUCCCUGGCACCCCUGGGUGUCUCGGAGAAGGGCAAGGUCCCCCUGUUCUUCCAGCCUGGCCCCAGCAAUACUCAGGGCUCAAGCCAGACCCCCCAGAUGGUGGCCAUGCUCUCCACGGGCCCACAGACAUGA